CUUUUCUGAAUAGAUGUUACAGCUGGGGUGUUGGAUUGUCAUGAUGUUCAGGUUUUCUUGGAUCUGCCUUCUCAUUUUGCAUGAUGUCUGCUGUCAACAGCUUCAGCAAGGGAUGGAUGUUCCCCUUGGUUUUGGGUUCUACCAUUAUCAGACUAGGCCUGCCCAGGGCUCAGUACAGCUAAUGAAUGGUCCUGGUGCAACUGGAGGUAAACCAAGUCCCAGUGAAUCUGUGAAGGGGAGCUCUUCAAUGGGUGGAGGAGCUGCCUCUUCCCCUCAAGAGAGCCAGGAGCCGAUGCCAGGAAACCAGGCCGGUUUUGCUAGUCCAUAUUCACAGGGGGGAUCCCAAGGUGAACCAAUGCCAUGGGUUGCUCUGUCCAUGAUGCCAAUGGGCCACCUUGGGCUCCUGUCCAUGAUGCCAAUGGGCCACAGUGCAAUGAGCCCGGCUGGCCAGCAGGGGGCUUCCCCCAGUGGCACUGCUAUUAGUCAGGAAACCCAGCGGCAGCUGGCCCACAUGAUGCAGCCGGCUCAGCAGCAGCCGGCCCAGAUGAUGCAGCAGCAGCCGGCCCAGAUGAUGCAGCCGGCCCAGAUGAUGCAGCCGGCCCACAUGAUGCAGCCGGCCCACAUGAUGCAGCCGGCCCACAUGAUGCAGCCGGCCCACAUGAUGCAGCCGGCCCACAUGAUGCAGCCGGCCCACAUGAUGCAGCCGGCCCACAUGAUGCAGCCGGCCAACAUGAUGCAGCCGGCCCAGAUGAUGCAGCCGCAGCAGCCGGCCCAGAUGAUGCAGCCGCAGCAGCCGGCCCAGAUGAUGCAGCCGCAGCAGCCGGCCCAGAUGAUGCAGCCGCAGCAGCCGGCCCAGAUGAUGCAGCCGCAGCAGCCGGCCCAGAUGAUGCAGCCGCAGCAGCCGGCCCAGAUGAUGCAGCCGCAGCAGCCGGCCCAGAUGAUGCAGCCGCAGCAGCCGGCCCAGAUGAUGCAGCCGCAGCAGCCGGCCCAGAUGAUGCAGCCGCAGCAGCCGGCCCAGAUGAUGCAGCCGCAGCAGCCGGCCCAGAUGAUGCAGCCGCAGCAGCCGGCCCAGAUGAUGCAGCCGCAGCAGCCGGCCCAGAUGAUGCAGCCGCAGCAGCCGGCCCAGAUGAUGCAGCCGCAGCAGCCGGCCCAGAUGAUGCAGCAGCAGCAGCAGCCGGCCCAGAUGAUGCAGCAGCCGGCUCAGCAGCAGCAAGUCCAGAUGAUGCAGAAGCAGCCGGCCCAGAUGAUGCAGCAGCCGGCCCAGAUGAUGCAGCAGCAGCGGCAGCAAGCCCAGAUGAUGCAGGUGGCCCAGCAGCAGCAAGCCCAGAUGAUGCAGCUGCCGGCUCAGCAGCAGCCGGCCCAGAUGAUGCAGCAGCAGCCGGCCCAGAUGAUGCAGCAGCAGCCGGCCCAGAUGAUGCAGCAGCAGCCGGCCCAGAUGAUGCAGCAGCAGCCGGCCCAGAUGAUGCAGCAGCAGCCGGCCCAGAUGAUGCAGGUGCCCCAGCAGCAGCAAGCCAAGGUUCCCCAGCAGCAGCAGGCCCAGAUGUUCCAGAUGCCGGUUCAGGCGCAGCAGCAGCAGGCCCCAGUCCAGUCUCCAUCUUCUGUGAGUUCAGGCUCUGCUGGUUCCCAAGGCAGCUCCUCCACAGGUGCAGUAGGCCCUGAUGCUGAGGCUGCCUCAUCAAGCCAAGAUCGCUUCAUCACACUAACUGCACCUUCAGGCUUCCAAACCAGCUAUGUUGUCCGGUCCUUCCACCGCUACUCGAGGGGCAAGAGGGUGUUUUCCCAAACCACCUACAUCCCCCUGGACUUCCCUCCUCCUGCUGAUCCUGCCCCUGCUGAACAGAUCACCCAGGAUGUCCUGCCUGCAAGAAAGAACACUGCACCUGCUGAACAGGAAACCCAGGAUGUCAUCCCUGCCAGGAAGGGAUGAGAUGUGCUCCUGAACAGACGCCAUGGUUGUGAAUUCUAUUUAUUUUGGUAAUAAAACAUGGUUUACAUAA